AUGGCUACAAUUAACCUGGGCAACGCUAGUCCUACAGAUGAUAUCAAGCAAAUCGACUUAAAGCACCCGGCCAUCCAGAUCCAGCCUCUGACCCUCGACACUCCCCUCUUGACUCCUGCUGCAACGCCCGAGGACGUUUCCCCAGCCGACGACGAACCAAUGGCGGGCAAAAAGCUAUUUUCAAUGGAGAGGCCUGACGACAAGGCGAGGAACCUUGCUGCCAAGCUAACCCUGGAGGAACAGAUUUCGUUGCUUGCAGGAGCUGACUUUUGGCGCACCGUGGCUAUUCCUGAAAAGGGCAUUCCGUCAAUCAAGACUUCGGAUGGACCCAAUGGCGCUCGCGGAGAGUUCUUCACUAACGGCACACCUGUUGGCCGUCACCUUGGUGAAGAGGCAAAGGCUCGUGGUGCACAGGUGUUGCUUGCACCCACUGUGUGCAUGCACCGAUCUCCUCUCGGAGGCCGCAACUUUGAGUCCUAUUCUGAGGAUCCUUUCCUGACUGGAAAGCUUGCUGCUUCCUAUGUUCGUGGUCUUCAGAGUAAGGGUGUUGCUGCUACCAUCAAGCACUUUCUCGGAAACGAGCAAGAGACCGAGCGACAGGCAUACGAUGCCAUUAUUGCAGAGCGGCCGCUGCGUGAAAUCUACCUCAAGCCUUUUGAGAUUGCUGUCCGAGACGCAUCACCAUGGGCGCUCAUGAGUUCUUACAACAUGGUCAAUGGUGUUCAUGCUGAUGAGUACAUUCAUUCUAUCAAGGAAGUCCUCAGAGGCGAGUGGAAAUGGAACGGAGCCAUCAUCUCUGACUGGACGGGCACAUAUGCAACUGCGCCCUCAAUCAAAGCCGGCGUCGACAUCGAAAUGCCAGGCCCAUCCAAGUGGCGCAAAGUUGAGCAAGUAAAGGAGUGUCUCGACAAUGGUGAGCUAACCCCCAAGGACAUUGAGGAAUCCGCUGCCAGGGUACUUUACCUUGUCGAUCGGGUCAAAGGACUCAACAACAUGACACCCGAAGAACCCGAGCGGUCAAUCGACAACAUCGAAACCCGGAAUCUGAUUCUCCAAGCUGGUAUUGAAGGUUUGACGCUACUGAAGAACGAGAACAACGUUUUGCCGAUUAGGGAUGCGAAGAAGAUUGCAAUGAUCGGACCAAAUGCCAAGCGUGCGAUUGCCAGUGGUGGAGGGAGCGCUGGCUUGAACCCUUACUACAACGUCACACCCUGGCAAGGCCUCCAGAAUCGAUUCGAUGGCGUGCUCUCAUUUGCGCAAGGUUGCGACAGCUCAAAGUGGCUGCCAUUGGCCUCUCCCUACUGCAAAUCAAAUGGCGAGACUGGUGUGCGAUUGGAAUACUACAAGGGAGAUAGAUUCAAGGGCGAACCUGUUGUUGUUCAGCACAAAGUAAGCACAGAUCUCUGGCUAUGGGAUUCGGCGCCUAUGGAGCUACUUCCCGACUUUUCGUUCAAGGUUAAGACUACACUCACACCAAAGUCGAGUGGAAACCACAGCUUCAGUUUCGCUUCAGUGGGACCAGGCCGCAUGUUUAUCGACGGUGAGUUGUUUAUUGACAACUGGGAUUGGACCGAGGAAGGUGAAGCGAUGUUCUCAGCGUCUGAGGAUGUACUCAAGUCGAUUUACCUAGAGGAAGGCAAGCCCGUCGAGAUUCUUAUUGAGAGCACCAGCGAAGUACGGCCCGCCUCAAAGGUUUCCGUUAUUGGCAGGCGUCAUGACUAUGGUGGUUGCCGUAUCGGCUAUCAAGAAGAAGACAAGAUCGAUCGCCUACAAGAGGCUGCAGACGUUGCACGCGAUGCCGACGUCGCUGUCGUGGUAAUUGGACUGGACGCAGAGUGGGAGUCAGAAGGAUACGAUCGCCAAACAAUGGACCUUCCAAAGAAUGGCUCUCAAGACCGUCUGAUCGAAGCUGUCCUGGCAGCUAACCCCCGAACAGUCAUUGUCAACCAGUCUGGAACACCAGUCACUAUGCCAUGGGUGCACAAAGCCCCCGCAAUCUUGCAAGCAUGGUACCAAGGCCAAGAGGCUGGAAAUGCGCUUGCAGACGUUCUGCUUGGAAACAGCAGUCCUAGUGGCAAGCUGCCAACGACUUUCCCAGUCCGGAUCGAAGACAAUCCAGCCUACCACAACUGGCCUGGUGAGAACCUAAAGACUAUCUACGGAGAGGGCAUCUAUGUGGGUUACAGGCACUACGAGCGAUCCAAGAUCGCACCACUUUUUCCCUUCGGCCAUGGCCUCACCUAUACCAGCUUCGAAUAUGGAACACCAAGCGUCAGUAGCGAUGUUCUGUCCGAAAGCGACGACAUUACCAUCACUGUACCCGUUACCAAUACGGGUUCGGUAGCUGCCCCCGAAAUUGUCCAAGGGUACGUCAAGGAUGUCAAGUCCACGCUUCCACGCCCAGAAAAGGAACUGCAAGCUUUCGGCAAGGUGUUCCUGCAACCAGGCGAGACCAAGAACGUUGUCUUGAAAUUGAACAAGUACUCAGUGGGCUACUUUGACACAAGUCUGGGCCAGACUGGUGCUUGGAUUGCGGAAGAGGGAGUUUUUGACGUGUUGAUUGGCGCGAGCAGCGCUGAUAUCAGGGCAAAGGUCAGCUUCGAGGUCAAGGAGAGCUUUCAAUGGAUCUUCUAGGCAGAGAGGACAAUGUUAUGAGUACCACGAGUUUUUUAUAUGUUGAAUAUUCUCAGCGGCUGCUAAGGCGUUGUUGGUGCGCUGAAUCGGCUUCGUGAGAGCUGUGACGCUCCGUCUGUUGAAGAUGUUGAGGUCAAGGGCACCGUACACAGUAGUAUGGAUUGUUGGCAUUUUUCAGAAAGGGGAGAAAUCAUAUUGCGGAUGAGAGUAUAGUUGUAGGGCUGAUCGCUAGGGAGAGGACAGUUGAAAGUCCUCCAGUAUGGGUAACAUCUAGUAAACAUUGGUAGCAUCAAAGCGUACUAAUCACAUGUCGAAAUCUAUAUUUAAACAGCGUC